AUGUGGAAACCGUCGGAGAGACUGAUGGACACCAUCAGACAUUAUGCCAGCUUUCCUGCCACCGGCGUCUCUCUCCGGCAGAUGGUCCAAUUUGGCGACCGUCCAUCAACAGGCACUCUCUUCCGUGCCUCGCAGUUCCUCUCUGAAGAACUUCCCAUCCGAUUGGCUCAUCGCGUUCAGGAUCUGGGCGAGCUUCCGGAUGGAUUGAGUGAAAUGCCCUCCAUCAAGAAGGUCCAGGACUGGUAUGCGCAGUCGUUUGAGGAAAUCAUCACCCUCCCGCGACCCUCCCUCACCCAGGAAGUCAAAGCCCGCCUGAUGCGACCGAACCGAAUCAAUGGGGGCCAGUCCAAAAUUCUCUCCGAAACCACCCAGAACCCCAGCGUCAAGGAGGGCCAAUACCGCUCCUCCCCCAGCUCGGCGGUGCAGCACAACACCAAUGGCAAGGGUGUGGCGGUGCGGAGAUAUUUCGUUCCGUCCGACGAUCAAGGAAACUGGCCCCCCGAAUUGAACGACUACAACGAACGCUUCUCCAAGACCUUGCAGCAGAUCAAACGGCGACACGACGGCGUGGUGACUACCGUGGCCCAGGGCAUCCUGGAAUGGAAACGGAAACGCCAGCGUCUGCAAAUCGACUCCACCGUUCAGUCCUUCCUAGAUCGCUUCUACAUGUCUCGCAUUGGUAUCCGCAUGCUCAUCGGCCAGCACAUCGCUCUCACGGAACAGACCCACGUUCGCCAUCCUAACUAUGUCGGAAUAAUUUGCACCAAGACCAACGUGCGGGAGAUCGCGCUCGAGGCCAUUGAAAACGCUCGCUUUGUCUGUGAGGACUACUAUGGUCUUUUCGAAGCGCCCAAGGUUCAGCUCGUCUGCAAGGAGGACCUGAACUUUAUGUACGUUCCGGGACACCUCUCGCAUAUGCUAUUUGAAACCUUGAAGAACUCGCUGCGCGCCGUGGUGGAGACCUACGGAGCCGACAAGGAGGCAUUUCCCGUCACCAAGGUAAUAAUUGCCGAAGGCAAGGAGGACAUCACGAUCAAGGUCACCGACGAGGGCGGCGGCAUUCCGCGUUCCGCCAUCCCCCUGGUGUGGACGUACAUGUACACCACCGUCGAGCAGACGCCCAAUCUGGACCCGGACUUUGACAAGAGCGACUUCAAGGCUCCCAUGGCCGGGUUUGGCUACGGACUGCCCAUAAGCCGUCUGUACGCGCGCUACUUUGGUGGCGACCUGAAGCUGAUCAGCAUGGAAGGGUACGGAACGGAUGUGUAUCUGCACCUCAAUCGGCUCUCCUCGAGCUCGGAACCCCUCCAGUGA